AUGGCUAGCUCAUCUUCUUCACACGAAACCGUCACAAUCGUUCUGGCCACAGUCAUACCAUCCGUAUUCCUUCUUCUUUUGGCAGCCGUCAUCUACCACCGAGUUAGAAGACGAAAGGCUCGAUUCCGCAACCGAGGAAUCACACCGAUUGACGAUGAAGAGAUUGAAUCUUGGAAGAUUGAUCGGACACACAGCGUUGACGACGAUGAGAAGCCGCCCGAUUCUCCCAAAUCGGCUUCAUCGAGCGUCAUUGUUUACCAUAAUCGGGUCUCGGAAGACAAGCAGCCUUGGUCUCCUGUUCGGGGGAAGCAGAGCAUUGAUAUCCCGCCAACACCAGUCCUUGCACGAGCACCAAACUCUCGGCCUGGCCUAACGGACGAAACUGUUCGGGGUGACCAGGCUUACGUCAACGUUAAGCGUACCCCAUCGGCGCGUCUGUCCAAGACCAACUCCCCUCGUCAUGCUCGGACCAAAAGUUCACGGAGCACAAGAAGCAGCUUUGGUUCCAGCGCUAAACGUGAACAAUGGUACAGCCAGACACCAGAGGGAAACUCACCUCGGCCCUCUGCUGAUAUCUAUUCCAAGUCGGCGCCGGCAUCACGCAGGGCGACCAUUUCAACACCGGCCAACCAUGUUUCUCGUCAGAUCUCUACCGAUGAUGACGUCCCCUUGACUGGUCUAUCACCACGACCGGUGGUGCUCAGAGCCGAAAUUGGGCGCGCCAUAGGAUAA